AUGCCGGACCCAGGCUUGAACGCCGACCAAACAGCCUACAUGAUGAUCGUCCUAAAGAACACGGAGAUGAAUCCCGACUGGAAGCUCAUCACCGUAGAAGCAGGCAUCAGCAAACCCAGCAACGCGCAGCGCAAGUUCCGCCAGAUCGUCGAGGCGGCGGGGUUCAAGCUCGUGAAUAACCAGAUCGUGGAUCCGGGUGAGGACGAACACGAAGAUCACGCUGGGAAUGCUACUCGGGCCCCGUCUCCAUCUGCGACUUCGCAGGGGAGGAAGCGAAAAUCGCCUACUAAGGAUAAGAAGGACGCGAGCGAGGAGGCGGAGCCGGGUAUCAAGAAGAGGGAGAAGAAGGCAAGCCAGCCUGUUGGCGAUGUGAAGCGUCGUGGAAAGGACGAGAUCAAGGACGAGGCUGCAGAUUAG